AUGGCAACCAAAACUGUUAAGAGACCAAGUCAAGGUAAUGAACUAAUACUGGGAGCAACUGUUGACGAUGAUGAGCAGAACAUCUUACAAGAUGAUGGCGAUAGUGAUGACAAAGAGGUGGAAGAAAUUAUGAUGCUAAACUUAUAUAAUUUCGAUGAUGACAAAAUGCAAAAUUGUCGAUAUAUUUUAACUAGCCCCAGAUCACUUGAGGCUUGUGCCCGUCACGACAUCAAGCCAACGGAACUAUUGUACAAAAGUUUAUCUGAAGUAGAAAUCCAAUGUAAAGAAGCUGAUCCCAAUUUAUCGUACAGUCAAAUAUAUACCAAUUACAGAGAUAUGGAGGCGGAAAGGCGGCGUAAAUUAAAACUUUGUCGAGAAGAGCGCGAAAGAAUGAUGUGGCAGGAGAAUGAAACAAUAGCUACAGACGUAGUUGAUCCUCCUCAUGAGGAAAUAAAAGAAUCAGGCCGAACAGGGAAAGUUUUACGAAAGUAUUCUAAUGAUGAGUUAGAAAGGAUAGUCAGUGAAUUUAGAAGAGAAUCAUUACCACAUUCCGAGCAAGAUGUUCCGCAAAUGAUAGUUAAGAAGCACAGCAAACCAAAAUCAAAGAAACAGCCUGCACGUAAUAGAAAUUCGAAAGUGAUCAAAAACCGUAAAAAGAAAUUGGAAAGCAUUAACAUUGGAGUACCUGAAAAAGAUCGGAAAAUUAUAGAAUUAAUGCUUAAUAGACAUAGAGAGGAGGAAGAAAGUGAUAGAGUCAGAAGACUUGCGAAUUUAAAUUGGGAACAACAAAGACUGGCUUUAGAUGAAAAAAUGGCAAUGAAUUUAAAUCGCAAAAAGGAGGAAAUUAGAGAAUCAAAUCGUGCUAGACUUGCAGCACAGGAACAACAGAAAGCAAAAGUUGACUAUGAGAAUGAAGUACAAAGAAAAUUCAAAAUAGAAAAAAUUCAAGAGAAGGAUGCUAAAUUGGCAGCUAUUACAUCAGCUAAACAAAAGUUAUUGGAACAGCAAAUUCAACUGAAAAUAUUACAAGAUCAAUCCAAAAAAAAGAAUCAAGAGUACAAUCUGAAGGUAGAGGAAGAAUAUCGAAACGCUAAAGCCAUUCAAAAUCAUUUAAGAAAUUUACGAAUUGAAGAAAAUGCUAGAAUUAACCGUCAAAUCCGAAGUCGUGAAGAUCAACUUAGAAUUGGUGCAAAUAAUUUAAAAAGUGAGCUAGAACAUGACAAAAAGAAAUAUGACAAUGAGAUGAAAACAAGGGAAGAUCAACAUUAUUUACAAAAUUCCAUUGAAUUAAAGCAUUUAAGAGCUGAUACUAAUUAUAAGCGGCAGCAGCAAAUUAAGGCUGAAGAAAUGAGGGCUGAGAUCAUGAAAAUGCAAAAACAAUUUCGUAAGCAACAAGAAACUGCUAAGUUGAUGACCGAAGAACAUGACGAAUGGCUGAAGCAUCUACAACUAGAAGAGGAUCUGAAACUCGAAAAAGCAGAAACGAUUGCAGCGUUAGUUAAAGAGGAAAAACGAUUUCGUGCGAAGGAGCAAAGGGAAGCUCGUCAGGCCGGUCAAAAAUUAAACAUGAAGAAGAUUAAGAAGCAGGAAGAACUUAAGCAAAGAUAUACUACAGCUCAAGCUAUGAGCAAAGAUAGGAAACGACAGCAGAUUGCUGCAGCCAAAGAAGAAAAUUUAAGCAAAUUAAGGGAUACAGCACGAGCAACAUCCCUUAUGCGAUAUAAAGUUAAAGAAAUGACCGCUAAAAGUUCUAUUGGGAUUUUGCUAGAAAGCUUAGGAACCGAUCAACAUCAUAAUUUGAGCGGGAAACUAUGA